AAUAUUUUGAGUGAGAUUUCUGACCAUCAGCUCGUCGCGGCGGCAGUAAAAGUUUUUUGUUUAUUCGUUUUAUGCGCUUAUUUCUUAGACUAAACUUUUUUAAACUUCAAGUAGUUAAUCAGUUACACAAGAUAACUCCUCAAAAUGGUUUGGCUGGAAUCGUGCUGGUCUCCAUGCAUCUGGUCCAAUUCGGUUAAGUCCGGAAGCUACGCGAUUGCCGCUUACACUGUGGCAAUGUGCAUUGUGCUAAUAACCAUGACUGGUUAUAUGCUCGCGGGCGGAGACUCUUCACAGCUCUAUUCUCCGCUGUUCGAGACAGACAUUCGCGACUCGAUGCAGGUCGUUGGAGGAUUCUUCAUUGCGUACUUCCUUUUGCUGAUCCUGUCGGCCUUUGGUAUUUGCUACUCGCUGAAGACAACGACCCGAGGCUGGAUGCUUCCCUGGUUGACCUUGUUCGGAGUGGCCAUUCUGUUCCAGUUCGUGUUUGGACUGUGGUUGAUCGGUGGUUACUAUAUCUACCUUCAACAAACACUGUCCAGUUUGAUCCUGUGGGUAUGGAUGGCGUACAAUAUCUACUGCUGGAUGUGCGUAUACUCGCAGUAUCAAAUUUUCGUCGACAUGCAGUCGCCAAACAUUGAACUGCUGAUGCCUUAGAGAUUUAACACACUUCCACACAAACAGCCAGUUCAUUUACAAGAUUUGACCAAACAUGUAGCAACUACUUACGUGCAUACGUAUUAAUGCUACUCACAUCGUUUAGAGGAGUAGUAAUGCGCACAACUGGAGGAAAACGUUUGUGGCCCAUUUUGGACAUGCGUUUUUCAAGUUUCGAUUCUCGAAGUGCCUUGGACCAUUCAUUCCGUCGAUGGUAUUUAUAGAUGUAGGUUUUUUUUUACAAGUAGCUGACACUAAUAUAUAGGAUUAAUGUAAUCAAGAUCAAAAUGAUUUUUUAUAAUAUCAAUCCAUAGUUGUAUUUUAUGGAGAUUAUUCAAAUGAUGUUAUCAUUAACGAUUUUGUACCUCUAUGUACGGACUAUUUAAAUAUGAUUCAUUGAUUUUUAGUAAUCUCUCGAUAAUAGAACUGAAUCUCAGUUGUACUGCCUAUGAUCGCAUAUCAGUCCCAUAU